UGCAAAAGGCAAAUCCCAAGUGGCAGUGCUAGCACUCGAUUAAGGGAGGCGGAUGUCGGCACUCGGUUGAAAAGCGGCACUCCGAGUGCCAAUGUCCUAAACUCUUCCAAGGACACAAGUCUUCCAUCAACAUCGACGUUGAAAGUGGCGGAUGUUGGACCUUCUCUACCAGUAAGUGAUCCACCCUAA